GCGGGCAGCGGAACUAUAGCAGGUUGCCGCUGGACUCCGAGCUGUUCCUUCCAGCUCUGCAGGAAGAGAGAGUCAGCAACAGGACUGGAGAGUAUUAAAGCACCACGCGCGCGCAGCCCGGAGGAUGGGUCCUUCUUUUGAAGCCCUCAGCGGGCGGCUAGCUCAGCCGGGGCCGCGUGCCGUUGCCGGGAAGUCCUGGCAGGCGGGCCUUCCUCUUUCCCUCUCAUCGCUUGUUCUGUGGCCGUCUCCUUGCAAGGAGCUGGGUGGAGCCCUCGAAGCAUAAAACUUUGCAGCAGGCACACAGCAGGCUGCGCUCCUUAGGGCAAACGGCGUUUUGCAAGGGAGAGGGAGAAAGCGCGGGCUCUCUUGGAGCCUUUCUGGCCGGCUGAGGCUCUGGUUGUUGGCGGUGAAGCCCUGACGAGUCCGGAGCGAGGGACUGGGCUGUGCAGAGUUUGCAUUCAACUAGGGCUUCCUGCAAGGGGAGGGCAGCCGUGGCAGCAAGAGUGGAGAGAGACAAGUGACCAUGCUGCGUGCAUGCAUCUUCUUUGCUGGCUUGGCCCCUUGGUGGUGGCUCCUGGGGAGCCUCUGUGCCAGCUGUGACGCCACCAAGGCCAGUGUGCCCCGGCUUCGUCUCUCAUAUAAAGAUCUUUUGGCCACGAACAGGUCUGUCCUGUUUCUUGGCCACCGGGGAAUUUUAGACUUUCGAUCGUUAUACCUUGAUGAAUACCGUGAUCGCCUAUUCAUUGGAGGAAAAGACACCCUGUACUCUCUUCGACUGGAUCAAACCAAUAUGGAUGCCAAGGAGAUUUACUGGCCGUCUCUCCCUGGACAGAAGGAAGAAUGUUUUCGGAAAGGGAAAGACCCAGUGACGGAAUGUGCCAACUACAUCAGAGUACUUUAUCCUUUAAAUCGAACACACCUGUUGGCCUGUGGGACUGGGGCUUUCCAUCCUAUCUGUGCUUUCAUCUAUGUGGGUCACCGAGGAGAGCACGUGUUCAGCUUGGAUCCUACAAGUAUAGAAAGUGGCCGGGGGAGAUGUCCUCAUGAGCCCAAUAGGGCAUUUGCAAGUAUUUUUGUUGGUGGUGAUUUGUACACGGGACUAACAGCAGAUUUCUUGGGCAGGGACCCUGUGAUCUUUCGAACAAUGGGACACCGCUCCUCUCUUCGCACUGAGAUGGAUCAGCGUCUGCUUAACGCCCCUAAAUUUGUUGCCGCUUAUCUGAUCCCAGACAACGAUGACUGGGAAAAUGACAAGGUCUACUUCUUCUUCACUGAGAAGGCAGUAGAGUCGGACAGCAAAGGACGUGCCAUCUUCAGCCGUGUUGGGAGGAUCUGUGUGAAUGAUGCAGGAGGACAGCGAGUGCUCGUUAAUAAGUGGAGCACCUUCAACAAGGCUCGACUGGUGUGUUCUGUCCCAGGACCAGAUGGCAUAGACACGUACUUUGAUGAACUGGAGGAUGUCUUUCUCCUGAGGACAAAAGAUGGGAAGAAUCCAGAGGUAUAUGCACUAUUUAGCACUAUCAGCAAUGUCUUCCAAGGGUUUGCUGUCUGUGUAUACCGUAUGGCAGACAUCUGGGAGGUUUUCAAUGGGCCAUUUGCCCAUAAAGAUGGGCCUGACCAUCAGUGGGCAGCUUAUGAGGGCAAGGUGCCCUAUCCAAGGCCGGGAGUAUGCCCCAGCAAAACUACCAACCAGCCAAGCCGGCAAUACUCCUCCACCAAGGAUUACCCUGAUGAGGUUCUUCACUUUGCACGUGCCCAUCCGCUGAUGAGCAAACCUGUGUACCCGCUGCAUCGUCAGCCUGUGCUGGUGAAAACCAACUUGGAGCACCGCCUACGACAGAUAGUGGUGGACCGCGUGGAAGCUGAAGAUGGGCAGUAUGACGUCAUGUUCAUUGGCACAGAUGCUGGCUCAGUACUGAAGGUCAUAGCCCUUCAGAGAGGGAAUUUUGCAGCAGUUGAAGAAGUAAUUUUGGAAGAACUUCAAGUGUUUAAGGCGCCAGUUCCUAUUACUGAGAUGGAAAUCUCCGUCAAGCGACAAAUGAUCUAUGUGGCCUCCAAGGUGGGGGUUGCCCAAGUGAAACUGCAUCGUUGUGAGACCUAUGGCACAGCCUGUGCAGAGUGUUGCCUGGCACGGGAUCCUUAUUGUGCCUGGGAUGGCCUCUCUUGCACCAGGUACCAAGCAGCAGGCAAGCGUCGCUUCCGUCGGCAAGACAUCCGUAAUGGGAACCCUGUGCACCAGUGCCUCGAUCAGAAUUUGACAGUGGAUGACUUUGACAACACGGAAGAAAAGGUGGUCUAUGGGACAGAACACAACAGCACCUUCUUGGAGUGCAUUCCGAAGUCUCCCCAGGCUACAGUGCAGUGGUUCGUGCACCGAUCCCCAGAGGAGCUCAGAGAUGAGGUUAAAACAGAUGAACGGAUCAUGAAGACAGAGCAAGGCCUGCUCUUCCGGAAGCUCUUCCGCCAGGAUGCUGGAAUGUAUUACUGCAAGACUCAGGAGCAUGGCUUCACUCAGACCAUCACCAAAAUCAUGUUGGAAGUGAUUGAGAGUGAGCAGCUGGAACAGGUCUUCCAGCGGGAGGAUGAAGAGUCAUCUCGGCAACCUUGCCUGGUGCCUGAUCCCCGCCUGCUGCAUGGGCAACGGGUGUGGUUCAAAGACAUCAUGCACCUCAUUGGCUACACCAACCUGCAGAGAGUGGAGGAGUACUGUGAGCGGGUGUGGUGUGGAGACCGGCAAUUGCGGCACAAAGGCAGGCCCCCCAAAAGCAAGAACAUGCUUGAUGGCAAAAAAGGGAGAGGCAAACAGCACAGCGAGAGGAACCGGGUGCCGAGGCAAGCAGCAGCCACCUAAAAGGAAGGGGAGCCCACAUGUGGCAAGAGGAGAACAUGAGAGGAGAAAGGAGGUUAUGGACCAGUAUCCCUCCUUAUGAGAAAGAAUCAGCUUCUCUAGGAAUUGGCCCCAUGGUUUGUUCACGCAGGGAUGGGGAAAGCAACCUUGCUGAUCAGCACAGCCUGAAGGCAUUUUUUUGCUGGAAGUGCACUGCUUUCUCCUGCCAUUAAGCACUGGAGAAAAGGGUCAAGAGAUGCCACAGUGUUGCUUUCCUAUCUCGUUUCAUUAUCCUUCACUCAGACAUCAAGACAUCAUGUUUGUACCAGGACUGGGAAGGCAUGGGAACUGCAUAACUCACAAAAACCUGCAUUGUUCCAAUGUAGCUUUUAUUGAGUGUUGUCCACUGAUGAUACGAUGAGUCUCCUGAUUCAGGGGCAUGAGUGUUAACCAUGUGGCUGGUUAAAGGCAGUCUGUGAGCAAUAGAGGGAGGGGCCACAGCCAGUGCACUGCACAGAAUUGUGGAUGAGAAUGAUAGAGAGUUGCUGCUGGGACUGAACUCAUGUGGGCAAAGCUCUCCUAUAGGAAGACGUGACAGCUGUAUGCAGGGGACCAGAUCUCCCACAGGAAAAGAAUGGAUCUUGUGCCAGGGGGUAUCUUGUGGGCCAUAGGGAUGGAGAGAAUGAAUGAUGAUCUCUGACCUAUGGGUCUGUACAUCUUGGGAAUCAAAUUGGCCUCAGCUUAUCCUAUCUCUGUCUGGCAGGGGAAAAGUUUUCAUGCAUGCAGCCACAAGCAGUUUCUCUGAUUCAGUCUGAUGUACAACUAUAAAUGUUAAAUUGCUCGUAGGCUAAUUUGCAUUACAAAUGCUACUCCUCCACUUUCUCUUCCAUGUGAACACUGCUUUAGAUGUUAACGUAGAUUGUGAAAGAGAAGAUCAAAGGUGAAUGAAGGGCCAAACAAUAUAUUACAUUGUAGGUGCAUGUGACUUUAGUCCCAGUGACCGUUCUCUCUUGCAAAAUGCCCUGAAGAAAGGGCACUGGGGAAAGGAGCAGGGUGAAAAGCAAUGCUUAAACUCUUCUGUUGCUGCUGGCCUUCCUCUUUGAAACUCUUAUCUCCAAGCUGCUUUUACCUUUGUGCAGUUCCAGACUGGUGUUUGCAAAGUAAAUGGAUCCAGAUGACUGGCAAGGUAAAAGCAACAUAGUGUCAAGGUGAUAUGCCCCCUUUUUUUCCUGAUGCAAAGUGUUUACUCCUGAGAGUGCUUUGCGAAACAAAGGAGCUAACAUUAUAUGUCACUGAAGUGUGACACACAGUUUGGUCCUCAGCCUUAUGUGUGAAAGCUCCCUAAAUUUUCUCAUCCUAUCCCUAGGAGGUUUAAAUGCUAACCUUGUAACCUCCACAUGAGAUUCUCCCACUUUCUGUCUUUCAGCCUUUCUCGGGAUUAUCCUAUCAGUGUUCAGUGGGCCAUGCAACUGUUCUGUGACCCAGUAAAGGCUAUUUACCUUAACUGAGCUCUAUCUUUCAUUUUCGUGUCUGUGUUGAUCCCUUAAAUGAAAUUGGUUAAAUACCAACUGCUGAGCUGAAAGGCACCAGUUUGUUCAACAAAUAAAUUAAAUCCUUAUGCAGCAAGCUCA